AUGUCUAUAGGUGCUUGGAAUGUUAGGGGUUUGAAUAAAGCUGUUACGCAGAAGGAGGUUAUUGAUGUUAUUAGGAGUAAUAAUCUUGGUAUUUGUGCUGUUGUGGAAUCUCAUGUCAAGGUCUUAAAUCUCAAAAAUGUUUCUGCUAAGACUUUUGGGCAGUGGGAUUGGGUUUCUAAUAAUAAUAGUUGUGAGGCUGGAACUAGAAUUAUAGUGGGUUGGAAUCCUAGACUUUAUGAUGUUAUGGUGAUUUCUCAGUCCAAGCAAGUUAUCCACUGUUAUGUUAAAUCUUGUGAUACUGAUUUUUGCAUGUAUUUGUCUUUUAUAUAUGCGGCUUCGAGUUAUAUGGAGAGAAGAUUGCUAUGGGAUAAUUUGAAGAAACAUAGCUUGGUUGUUAAGAAGGAAGCUUGGGGUUUAUUAGGUGAUUUUAAUGUUGCUUUAAAGUCAUCAGAUUAUUCUGAAGGAUGUUCUAAAACGCCCAAAGGAGUUGAAGAUUUUGUUGAUUGCUUAAAUUUUAUUGAAGUUGAGGACCUGAAUUCUUAUGGGUUUCAGUUUACUUGGAUCAAAACCCCUGCUGGGAAUAAGGGUCUUUUGAAGAAGUUAGAUAGAGUUAUGGUCAAUUUGAAAUUUAUCUCGGAUCAUCCUUUAGCUUAUGCUGUUUUUAAACCUUAUAGAAAUUCAGAUCAUUGUCCUGCUAUCUUAAAUAUUCCUGGUGGCAAAGUGAAGUGGAAUCCUUCUUUUAGAUUUUCUAUUUUUAUUGUUGAGAAGGAGGAGUUUUUGCCUUUGGUCAAGGAAGUUUGGGAUAUUAAUAUUGAUGGUUUCUUUAUGUUCAAAGUGUGUCAAAAGCUGAAGAUUCUUAAAAAACAUUGCAGGGAGCUUUGCAAUAAGCAUUGGGGUGCUGGGAAGAGAAUUCAACAGUUAAGAAGAGAGUUGGAAUAUAAACAACAUGAAAUUGAUCUUAAUCCGUUUGAUUACAAGAUCAGGGAAGAACAUGCUAAUAUUCUCUGUGAUUUUAAUGUUGCUUGUAAUGAUGAAGAAAAGCUUCUUGCCCAGCGUGCUAAGAUUAAAUGGUUACAGGAAUGGGACAAUAAUUCUAAAUUUUUUCAUAGAAUUGUGAAGAGUAGGGGUAAUAACAAUCGUAUUCAGAUGGUUCUUGAUGAAGAUGGAAGAUGGGUUAGUGGGAAGGCUAUGAAGGAUAAGUUUGUUUCUCAUUUUAAUAAGUUUUUGGGUUGUAAAGAUGUUACUGAGUUAUCGGGAUUAAAUGAUGAUUUUUUUCAUAAAAAAUUGGAUAGAAGGGUGGCUGUUAAUAUGAUUAGAGUGGUUACUGAUGAUGAGAUCAAAGCUGCAAUGUUUGAUAUAGAUGACAAUCGUGCCCCUGGUCCUGCUGGUAAGAUUAUAGUGAACAUAAUCAGAAAUUGUUUGGGUGAUAUUGUUAGCAAGAAUCAGUCAACAUUCGUUCCAGGAAGAUCUAUUUUGGAUAAUAUUCUCCUUGCUCAGGAGUUGAUGGUGGGGUAUAAAAAAAAGAAGAGAGUUCCUAAAUGUACCAUAAAAAUUGAUAUUCAAAAGGCUUAUGAUACGAUGGAUUGGAAUUUUCUUAAUCGAAUUCUGCAGGGGUUUGGGUUUCACCCAGUUAUGGUUCAGUGGAUUAUGGCUUGUGUUUCUUCGUCGUGGUUCAUGCUUAAUUUUAAUGGUGAAGAUCAUGGGUAUUUUGAAGGAAAGAGGGGUCUUAGGCAGGGAGAUCCUUUAUCUCCUUACCUAUUUACUAUAGUUAUGGAGGUGUUUAAUAUUAUACUUGGUAAGCUUAUUAAUGAUUCCCAGAAUUUUAAGUUCCAUAGUAAAUGUAUGGCCCUCCAUAUUUCCCAUCUAUGCUUUGCUGAUGAUCUGUUGGUUUUCUCUUAUGGUAAUGGGAAUUCGGCCAGAAUUAUAAGAGAUGCCCUUGAUGAAUUCAAAAAAUUUUCAGGGCUGAAGGUGAGUAUGGAAAAAAGCCAGAUUUAUUUUAGUUAUGUUAAGCCUAAUAUGAGAAGGAUUAUCUUGGGUAUCCUUCCUUUUGAUGUUGGGAGAUUUCCCUUUAAAUAUUUGGGUGUGCCUAUGUGUGUUACUAAGCUGUUUGACAGAGAUUGUAAAAAGCUGAUAGAGAAAAUUAAGAUGAGAAUUUUCAAUUGGAAAUGUAAGACUUUAUCGUUUGCUGGUAGGUUGCAGCUCAUUAACUUUGUUUUAACAUCCAUUCAUGUUUAUUGGGCUUCGAUCUUUAAAAUUCCCAUUGCUACUAUUAUCGAGAUUGAAAAGAUGUGCAGAAGUUUCUUGUGGGUGAAUGGUGAGAUAGUCAAAGGGAAAGCUAAAGUCAAUUGGCAUGAUAUUUGCAAGCCUAAGGAGUAUGGGGGUCCGGGAGUUAAGAAUUUAAGGAAAUGGAAUGAUGCUUUGCUAGCUAAACAUGUGUGGAAUGUGAUUAGUAGCAAAAAUUCUUUGUGGGUGCAAUGGGUGAGAGUCAAUUAUAUUGGUAACAGAAAUUUUUGGGAUAUUUUGCAGAAAAAAAGUAUGAGUUGGACUUGGAAGAGGUUUCUGGAGAUGAGGAAAACUGUUAGGCCCCAUAUUGUUUCGUGUGUGGGAAAUGGGAGGAAUACUUCUCUAUGGCAUGAUUGGUGGCAUCCAUUAGGUAUUCUUUAUUCAAUUAUAUCUAGAAGAGAAUGGGUUAGUAAUGGGUUUAGUGAUUCUUCUUUGGUCAUUGAUGUUCUUGACUAUGAUACUUAUACUUGGCCGGUUGAAUGGGUUAACAAGUUCCCUGGAUUGAAGGAUGCUCCUAUGUUUUGUAUUGAUCAUAAUUUGAGGGAUGUUGCAGGAUGGAGGGAUAAGAAGGAAUUUGGAGGUAUUUCUGCAGUAAGCUGUGUUGCUCAUAUUUGGAAGGAGAGAAACUCUAGACUUUUUAGUUUUAGAAGAAAUUCGGUUGAGGGGGUGAUUGCUUGUAUUGAAAAUGAAAUUCGGUUAAAGCUGUUGGGUUUGAGGAAAAGGGCUAAAAUGUGGAGAAAGCUUAAUGGAGGUGAUCUUCUUGCUGGAAUUAGGUGGGGGUAUUUAUGGAAUAAGUGUUUAUACAAAGGAAUUGACGGAAUAUGUUACUGGUUGGAGAGUUUACUCUCAAAUCAUAAAGGUGGUGCGGCGGAUGGUGUUGGGCAAUAG